AUGGGCGCUGAUUUUAAUGGCAAGGAUUCUGACGGCUGGUGUGUACUGCACUAUGCUGUUACUGAAGGUGCACCAAAAAUAGUAAAAUAUCUUGUUGAAAAUGGCGCUAAUGUAAAUGGAAGAAAGACAACAGGGUGGACUGUGCUGCACUCUGCUGUUGCUAAAGGUUCUAUGGAAAUAAAGAAAUACCUUGUUAUAAAGGGCGCUGAUGUAAAUGGCAAAAAGACUAGUGGUUGGACUGUGCUGCACUCUUCCGUUGGUAAAGAUACGCUGGAAAUAAUAAAAUAUCUUGUGGAAAAGGGUGCUGAUGUAAACGGCGAGGAUACUGACGGGUUAACCGUGCUGCAUUAUGCUGUUACCAAAGGUACACUGGAAAUAGUACAAUAUCUUGUAGAACUGAAGGGUGCAGAGGUUAAUGGCAAGGAUACUGACAGGUUGACUAUGCUGCACUCUGCUGUUACUAAAGAUGUGCUGGAAACAGUAAAAUAUCUUGUCAAAAAUUGCGCUGAUGUAAAUGGCAUGGAUUCCGACGGGAUAACUGUGCUGCACUCUGCUGUUGCUGAGGGUACACUGGAAAUAGUGGAAUAUCUUGUGGAAAAUGGCGUCGAUAUAAAUGGCAAGAUGACUAACGGAAGGACUGUGCUGCACUUUGCUAUUGCAAAAGGUAUGUUGGAAAUAGUAAAAUAUCUUGGUGAAAAUUGCGCUGAUGUAAAUGGCAAGGAUUCACACGGGAGGACUGUCCUGCAAUCUGCUAUUACUGAGGGUACACUGGAAAUAGUAAAAUAUCUUGUUGAAAAGGAAGCUGAUGUCAAUGGCAAGGGUACUCACGGUUGGACUGUGCUGCACUCUGCUGUUUCGGAAGGUGCACUAGAAAUAGUAAAAUGUCCUGUUGAAAAAGGCGCCGAUGUAAAUAGCAAGAAUGCUAACGGAUGGACUGUGCUGCAUUCUGCUGUUGCUGAAAGUGUGCUCGAAAUAGUGAAAUAUCUUGUUGAAAAAAGUGCUGAUGUAAAUGGUGAAGAUAGUAAGGGGACAACAGUUUUACACGCUGCUGUCAAUACUGGUGGACUAGAAAUGAUCAAGUGGGACAUUUCUUAUUGA